CUUCACUUAUUAAUCUAUAGUCUGUUGUGGGUAUGUUUUUAAUAUGGUUAUUAUCUGAAUGUUUCUAUUUUUUAUUUAAUUUCAGUUCCCCUUUGAAAGGCAUAUUUAAUAAAAUAGAAAAUAAGACGUAUUCGUUAAAGUAUAUAUUAAACAAAUAAUAGUUUUAUGUAUUCUUCUGCUACUGGUUAGUUGAUAAAAACGUGUUGUACGGCUAGGAAACGAUGGAGGUGACUCGAAAAAACUUUAAAGAGACGCUCCCGCUUGUUAAAGCAUCAAUACAGAGAUCGGACUUCUUGGUAAUAGAUACGGAGUUUACGGGUCUUAUGAAUGGUAGAGAAUUGUCAAUGUUUGAUACACCAGCUGAAUAUUAUACAAAGGUUUUGAAUAGUUCCUCCGAAUUUUUACUUAUUCAGUUCGGAUUAUGCGCCUUUUGCUUUGAUGAAGCGGAAAAUCAUUAUGUCAAUGAAGCAUAUAAUUUUUAUUUGUUCCCUCGUGGAAGACCUGGGCCGGAGAAAAUGUUUCUUUGUCAAAGUUCUAGCCUUGACUUUUUGGCAACUCAAGGGUUUGACUUCAAUAAGUUGAUUAGAGAUGGUAUUUCAUACAUGACUGGCCCCGUUGAGAGCAGGUUGCGUGAGGCACUUCUGGAGAAACAAAAAAAUUAUAAUUCAGCUAAGCAAUUAAUCCCAAUACCCCAGGAACAUAAGCAGCAAAUACGAGAUAUAUGUGAAAGGGUGAAACAGUUUGUAAAUAAGAGUGAAGAGAGUGAGAUGGUGAUAGAUAGGUGCAACCCAUUCAUCAGACGGCUGCUAUUCCAGGAGUUGGGCCAAAAGUUUAAAGACGAGGUGUUUGUUGACUCUAGAACAUUAGAAAAUAAGGACAGAGUUAUAGUAGUAACACGGUUGACAUCUGAAAAUCACAGUUCAAGUAAAAUUGAGCAAAAAACAAAGAAGGAAUGGGAGGAGUUAGAAGAUGCUGUAGGAUUCUCUAAAGUUGCCCAAAUGAUCAGCGAGUCAAGAAAGCUAUUGGUGGGACACAACAUGAUACUAGAUGUUCUUCACACGCUCAAUCACUUUUUCCAACCUUUACCGGAAGACUAUGCUUCUUUCAAGGAGUUUGCACAUUGCAUGUUUCCCAGAUUACUAGAUACAAAAUACAUGUCAAGCAUGCCACCUUUCAAAGAAGAGGUGCCCUCCAAUGUACUGCAGCAUCUGUACGCAACAUUAUCGGAGCCACCGUUCUCAUUGCCAAAAGUGGUGUCGUCCCCGGGCCGGGGCUACUGCCACGCGGACAAUAAGCAGCACGAGGCCGGCUACGAUGCGUACGUGACCGGCAUGUGUUUCCUGGCGAUGCAGGCGCACUUAGCGCGAAUGCGAGGCGAGAGCGGCGUCCGCGUCUCCGCCGACGGCUCGCCGGUGCUGCGCCCCUUCCUCGACAAGUUAUACCUCUCCAAGACUGCGCACCAGGAUACGCCCUAUAUGAACUUGAAUGGCGAGGACCCAAACCCAUCAAGGGACCACGUGUUUUAUUUCACAUUUCCUAAAGAAUGGCAGCGAAAUGAAAUUAAUCAGCUUUUCAGUCCAUAUGGUGCGGUGUCGGUGCAGUUUCUCAAUGACACGUCUGCGCUGGUGGCGCUCAGCAACCGCAAGAAAGCCAAGGACGUGAUGAAAGCACUCGCCAAGCACAGUCGGAUCAAACUCAUACCGUACGUACGGUACAAGAUGGCGGCCAAGAUUACGGAGGACCAGCAACGUUUGCAGUUAACAGCGAGGAAGAUGUUAGCCAUAAACAAGCAGAUACCUGCAGUACAUGAAGAAUUACACGAUAAGGAGUCGGAGAAAAAGAAUAAUGUAAGCGUUCUUCGACACAAGAAUAAUUCCACGUUGCAGGCUGAGGAAACCGAACCAGUAUCCAAGAAGAGCCGGCUAAGGAACACUAAUACAACAAAGGCAUUAGAUCAAGACGAGAGGGAGGAACCAGUGAAAUGCGAGGUUGACCAAACAGAAGGACCGUCCCCAAAAAAGAGGUUAAGAAGUUCAAGUUCCAAGGAGAAGAUAGAGAAACCAUCGAUACAGGCUACAAAAGAAAGAGAAGAAUCAGAAUCAGAAUCAGAAGAAUCAGAGGAGUCAGAAUUAGAGGAAUCAGAAAAAACAGAAGAACCAGAAGAGAAGAGCGCGUGGUCAAGCGGGAGAGAGCAUGCGAACGGCGAUGCGGAGCCACGUAGCUCGCACUGCGUCGCCGUGUUCAAGGAGAGCGACAGUUGGGCGUAAACAAUAAAUGAUAACUUCACUGUA